AUGUCCCUCUGGCAAUCCUACCGCACCAUACCGCCCCGAACGCGAAUCUUCAUCGGCGCCGGCAUUAUGGCCUACGCAGCAGCAGGCCUCUUCCUCUCAGACAAAGCAGAGCAAUCUUUCGGCUUCACACCGACAGAGGAGGACAAGAAGAAGCUUCGGCAUGCUGUGCCGAAGGUGCAUAUGGUUGAGAGGGAGAAGUGA